AGAAAAGAAAAAAAAAAAACGGAAAUGUUAAGUUAGAAGAACGCAGAACUAUUGGACGUCAGCACAAUUCCCCAGGCCCCCUCCCCCCCCUCCCUUUUAUUUUUUCCCCCAAUUUCAUUCUAUUUUCUUUCUUUUUUCUUCCCCACUUUACGCACAGAACAGACCUUCCCUCCCCUAACUCCGUCGUAACGAACGCCGCCCCUUUCUGCCGCGAAACCGAAGCCUAACAAACCAACCCAACGCCGUCGUUUCAAGUACCCCCUUUCCCCUUUCUCUUUUUUUUUUUUUGGAAAGAAGAUUUGACACCGUUUUAGUUUAUAUACCUUUUUGUUCUGUUUAUAUCUUUUCGCUCCUCUGAUGAGGAUUUUCCGGAAGACGAAGAUGAGCUUUCUCUGACUUUCUAAAACCCUAACUGAGAAACGGCAUUUCUUUGAGCCUUGUGGGAUUCUAUGAGGAAAAUGGUUAUAGGUUAAAGUAGUCUAGUACUCUGCUUGUUUCUAGUAAAUUACGUGUGGUCUGGCUAUUGCAAUAGACCAUUAAUUAUUGUAGCCAUCAUGGGGUCAGCUUGUUGUGUUGCCGCGAGGGAGAGAACCCGUUCCAAUGGAACUAGCGGUGAAAAUUUACGUAGAAACGUCAUGUAUUCACCAUCAUGGAGUUUUCGAUGGGAUACUCGAGGGCGUGUUGCUGGUGAAAUUGAGACUCCUUCCUAUCAAGUUUCUAAUGGAAUCAGCAAUGCUAGCAUGGAGCUUAAAGGACCGUUGGGUUCUGAAAGAGGUAAUUUUUCAGAUGUGGGAAGCCCUCUAGAGAAUAUUGGAUCGCCCAUCUCCCAAAAGUCUACAGUUAAUGGGGGAACAAUUACACAUCUGAUGACAUCACCUUCAGAUCUAUCUGUGGCAAGCAAUUAUUCGCCUGAGGUAAAGAACUUGGCAGAGUCAUCCAGAAUUCCUGAUUCAUCUGCACCGAAUCUUCCAUUUUCUAUACCCUCAGCUUUCUCAAUGCCGAUUGCAGAUCCUUUGGCCACCACUAGUUAUCCACUUUUCCCUAGCUCAACCCCUUCAAGACGGGCCCGUCGAUCACCAGGACAUCAGCUGUUGAGACAGGUCUCUGACAGUCGAAUCUUGGGACUGAAAUCGCCAAAUAACAACUCAGUUUCUGAAGGAAGACCAUCCUUUGUACUCUCCACUUGUAGCAAUGAUUUGGCAACCGGAUCCCAUGGUGGGUCUUCUGAUGGGUGGUCUAUGCGCACCUUUUCAGAGCUUGUGGCCUCUUCUCAACGAGAAAGGUGGUCCUUUGACAGCGAACAUUUGGGCUCUAUCAAUGGAAAAAUAGGUGAAUCUAGUAGCAGAUUUUCAUGCUCCCCUUCUAUAGAUAUGCAGUAUUGCGGAGCUUGCUCUAAGCUAUUGACAGAGAGAUCUUCAUGGAGCAGCCAGAAAAUUAUAUCUGGCCCCGAGCUUUCAGUAGUCGCUGUGUUGGUCUGCGGUCAUGUCUAUCAUGCCGAGUGCUUGGAGACUAUGACUCCUGAGACUGACAAGUAUGAUCCUGCCUGCCCCAUUUGUAUGGUUGGAGAGAAGCAAUUGUCAAAGAUGGCGAGAAAAGCUUGGAGGGCGGAAGUGGAGUUGAAGUCAAAAAGUCGCAAGAUAUCAAAAAAUAGAGUUGUAGAUAGUUAUCUCGACGGUGAUUUUGAUGUUUUUGAUCCCCGAAAGAACACUGACAGAAAAGGAAAAUGUCCCAGGAUGGAACCCAGUUCCAGCACAAAGAGCUCAUUUGCUAAGCCUUUCUUGAAACGACAUUUUUCGCUUGGGUCCAAGUGGAGUAGAUCAUUGUCUGAAAAUGAUUCGGCCCAGAAGAAGGGGUUCUGGGCCAGAUAUCGUAAAGAUUGAGCACUGUUAACUGGUAAGAGGCCAGCGGUGAUCUAAUCGUAGAUGCUAUAGAAAGUAUUUCUAGGAUUUUGUUCUAGAAAUGUAGUCUAGCUUCACUAAUAAAUAUGGUUCCAUUUUGGAUUUUUAAGGUCUUUUUUAGGUAUAAUAUUGUUUUAUAUCUUGGAUGAAGAAAAAGCCCUUAAAAUGUCAUAGAUAGUUGGAAGGAAACAGAAGAGAAAACGAGGCAUGUUUUGUUUUGCCAAAUUUAGGAAAGGCACUGCGUGUACGCAGAAUUGAGGGUGGAAAAAAUGGAUGCCCUCAGUUAUGGGAUCAAAAAUUAAGAUCACUGCUGCUGACAAGCUUGUUCCACUUAAGAGAUCAAAUUUUUUCUGCUUCUCUGAAUAUUGUUCGGCCUAUUUCGAUGGUUGUAAUACAUAAUUGAAGUUAAGACACUUUCGCUGCA